AUGCUCAGACAGGUUCAGUUGCUUGGUAGCAAUCUAUCUAAUGCGUAUAAGAUGUUCUUCAUCCAAAUAUAUUUGAAGUUCAAUAAGAGGAGAAAUCAUCUUAAUUCGUAUAAAAUGCAGGGAGAAUGUUAUGUAAACAUUCAUGAAAUUGAAUAUCGCAAUUAUGAUAAUAAGCAACAGCCAAAAGAAUAA